GUACCGGUGGGGAAAUAUUGUUGACGAGGCGAGAUAGCAUUUUAUUGCUGAGCAUAACUGUACAAAAUAGCACUAGGGACAAGAGCCUUGGAUUUCACAGAUCAUCACGCUGCAAGUCUCCGUCUGCAGUCCCUACAAAGCAUGUACAAGCCACAACUGAGAAAUCAGAGAAACCCCACUUGAAAGAAACUGCUCAAGAACAGCCACAUUUUUGCCCAAACCUGAUGGAUAGGAGGCUCUUUGCUUCAUGGACAACUCUAGAAGAUGAUUCACUUGAAAGACGAAUGACCAUACCCAGUUUCUUUCACAGUGGUUACUGUCUGCCUAGGAGUAUUCGCUGGGAAGGAGACGAUGAUUUAAAUAGUAUGCCAAAUGUAGUUCAUGGAGGACAAUCAAGUCCCUAUAUUAUAGAGAUUAACGAGAGAUGGGAAUGGCUUGGUCUUGAUAUAAGGGGGCCAUUCUCUAUCACAACGCGCAGGCAUACACAUAUUAUGACUCUUACUGACUACUAUUCCAAAUGGGUGGAGGCUUUUCCUCUGACGCACAACAUGAUCCAAGAUGCAGCGGUGUUUCUUGCAGAAGUCAUCCGUCAGCUGGGAUACCCGCUGGCAGUCCUCUCGCGAUUUCCAAAACAGCUUCUUAUAGAGAUUAAUAAUGAACUAGAAAAACAAAUAAACAUAAACACAAGCUUCCUGGUUAUACACCACUGCCAAACAGGAUACUUAGAUCUGGUCACCGAGUCUCUCCUGAACAAGCUGAUAUAUGAUCUGGUAAAGAAAUAUGCAGACACCUGGCACAUCUACCUGCCUGCUGCAUGUCUACAGCUGUGUUGCACAGAGCAUCCCACAACCGGCAAGAAGCCCUUUACAGUCAUGUACCGUAAUGGCCCUCCAUCCUUCUCUUCAUACAGAGAACUGCCUUACAGUGAGUCUGAUAUUCGCCUGAGUUCCUUUGUCAUUGCACCUGUUGAUGCCAGCAAUCGAAAUACCUCCAAGUGUUACAGUGCCCAAUCUAGUCUGCUUAGUUAGAGAAGAACAGUCAGAGCAGAAGCCCAUUUCAUCAAGUCAACUGUGAAAGUGUAAACCUGGUCGAUAUUGCCAAAAAUUUUAUUUUUCUAUAUUUAGUGAAUUGUGAUAUCUAUCAUGACAUAGAAUUUCAUAACACUGUCACAGUUUUAAAGAAUAUUCUAAAUAAUACAGACUGAAUAAAUGAAAUGCUAAUUACUAU